CUCCCACACAGUGCGUACACCACUCUGUGUGUACCCCUCUCCUGCUUGUGUACUCCCUCGUUUUGCGCUCAAGUCAUUCAUUUCAAAAACUGGGUUACAUGAUCAAGGUUUACUAGAAUAGCAACUUCAGCAACUGUCUACACCAGAACAACUGACCCCUCACCCAGCACCAUCGACCCCUCAACCAGCACCAUCGACCCCUCACCCAGCACCAUCGACCCUUCAACCAGCACCAUCGAACCCUCACCCAGCACCUUCGACCCCUCACCCCCGGGACAUGUCUGCCAACAUUCCCGGAAUCGUCGCUGUCGUCAUCUUUUAUAUCAUCAUCCUGGUCGUCGGGAUUGUGACCGGCAGAAAAACCGGCAAAAGUUUGUCCAAUGAGGCGGUGCUUGUGGCCGACCGGAAACUGGGGCUCUUCGUCUCCAUCUUCACCAUGACAGCGACGAUGGUAGGAGGGGGCUACAUCAACGGGUCGGCCGAGUCAGCAGCUUAUUCGGGAGUUCUGUGGACACAGGCACCUAUAGGCUACUGCCUGGCUCUCUUCGUGGGUGGGUUUUUCUACGCUCCUAAGAUGAGGGAGGAAAAUUACAUCACAAUGUUUGACCCUUUCCAACUUAAGUACGGCAAGAAGGUCGGGGCCCUGUUGACCAUUCCACAGUUUCUGGGGGAUCUGUUUUGGUCGGCUGCUGUCCUGUCUGCUUUAGGUGCUACCAUCUCCAUUAUCCUGGACAUGAGCUCCACCCUGGCCAUCAUCUUAUCCGCGGCCGUGGCCAUCCUGUACACAUUCACGGGUGGCAUGUACGCAGUGGCGUACACUGACGUCAUACAGCUCAUCUUGAUUGCCAUCGGCCUGAUCAUAGCGUUCCCCUUCUGUCUGGCACACCAAGCAGUGGACCUGACAACCGUGAGUGGCAGGUGGCUAGGUGAGGUCCCCACGUCAUCAAUCGCCAGCUACAUAGACAUCUACCUGCUGUGUAUCAUGGGGGGUAUCCCCUGGCAGUCUUUCUUCCAGAGGUCGCUGGCCAGUCGAACUGUCCACAUCGCCAAGUGGUCAGCACUCAUUGCUGGGGUCUUCAGCAUGUCCAUGGCCAUCCCUCCCAUGAUGAUGGGCAUAGCUGCUUCAGCCACAGACUGGAACCUUACUACCUACGAUGACGAGAUCCCAAUUCCGGAAGACCGGAAACGGUUCAUCCUGCCCAUAGCCCUGAGCUACCUGACGCCACUUCCUGUCAGCAUCAUUGGGACGGGCGCCAUUGCUGCUGCCGUCAUGUCGUCUGCUGACUCGUGUAUUCUGGCUUCCAGCUCUGUCUUCACCUGGAACAUCUACACGGAGAUCCUCAGACCAAAGGCCAGUGAACGAGAGCUGAUGUGGGUUCUAAGAAUAGCCAUUCUUGUGGUCGGCGUCUUGGGCAGCGCCAUCGCCAUCUUCUCCACCACCAUCUACGGCCUGUACCUCAUGUGCUCCGACCUCAUCUACGUCGUCCUCUUCCCCCAGCUGACCCUCGUCCUCUGGAUGCCCAAAUCAAACUCCUACGGCAGCGUCGUCGGUUUCUUCGUCUCCCUGUUCCUCCGCCUGCUCAGCGGCGAGCCGGUGAUUCACCUCCCCGCUGUGAUCAAGUACCCUUACUACGACGAGGUCAGACAGGAGCAGUUGUUUCCCUUUAGGACAUUUUGUAUGCUGAUGGGUGCCGUGUGUAUCGUGGUGGUCUCCCUUGUCACCCAUUAUGUUUUCGUCAACGAAAAAAUCUCACGGAAAUACGAUUUGCUUCGAAUAUACCAACUCAGGAGUAUAAAACGUCGGUCGAAUUUAAUAAAAGAGAAAGAAGAUAUUGAUGAUAAAGUCGAUGAUCAAGCCGCUAUGCCGUUACAGGAAGGGGGUACAACAAUUAUGUAAUUAUUUUUUAAAAAUUCCGAUGAAAAUAAAGUUAGUUGUAGCAGGGAUUAAAUAAUACUCAAAUGAUACGUUUAUCCCAGGAUAUUCAUGAGAAUCAUACAAGUGGAAUGAAGCGAGAAGCAGACAAUUUGGAGAUCGUAGAAACUAGCAUUGUGAAAAAGAAAGUAUAAGAAUUUAAAUCUAUUGAAAGUGUAUUUUUAAAUCUAUGCAGCUUGUACUUCUUGUAAAUGUUUAUCAUGAUUUAUCAACCAUCAUAUUUACAUCGUUUUAUCAACUCUAUAAAGACCGUUCCUUGUAUGUAAGUAGCCAAGAUUUACAUCUGAAUUUAAAAAUAACCCAGUUCAUCUUCUAUCGUCAUAGUAUUACUCACCUCAUGAGGGCGAAAAUGUAAAUCUUACACCGUGAACUAUGAUUUUUAAACUAAAUGAUUUAGGUAUAUUUGCUUUCUUUUAAUUACAAUUUAUCUGUUGGUUUUUAUUUCUUUUAUCUUUUGUUUCGCUCAAGUUUGAGCCAGUUUUAUCUCUAAAAUCUACACUCCGCUUCCUCUACCAUACAUUUUUGCAUUUUUUUCGCAAUUGUUUUAAAAAAAUGCAAUUGUAUUGUUUUGUUUUAUGUAAUUUUUGAACAGCUGAUUUGUAUAAGAUUAUAUGUGGUGCUAGUUAUAAGUUAUGCUGUAAUGUAUGAAAAAAAAAUAUUAAAUUCCUACCUAACCGACUUAUAAAACUACUCCUCAUUCCCCCCCCCCCCCCUCCACUAAGUUACCAUCAUUUUAAUUGUUCACAUUUUUUAAAUUACAUAUGAACUAGACAUGACAUUAAAUCUAAACAUUUUAUUUUUCACAUUAUAUCAAUACAUUUUAAAACAUAACUUAUUGUUAAAAAAUGCU